UCAGAACUCGAGGACCUUCUCGCUAUGGAAUUCAUCGCAUCUCCAGUGAUUCCUGCUUUGGAUCUCAUCACCCCACUUCCACAGAAGGAAUGGGACCUUUUCCAACAAAUUCUUCGAGCCAACAUGAAUGUGUUCCAUUGUACUCUAUCUGAAUUCGAGUUUUCCAACAAAUCUCUUCUCGACAUCGCAUACCCUCAACAAUGGACAACCACUUACCAAAUGCAAAUUCUGGUCCACAUGCUCUCUGCUAGACACUCCGACAUUCUUCAGACUGAAAAUGCAGCUUUCGCCCCACCUAUCUUUUGCUCAGCUAUCAACGACAUUUGGGACGAUUUCAACAAGUGUGGUAAGAAAAAGAAGGACAGCUUCGUUUGGCCCCAGGAAUUGAUCGACAUUGUUCUGUGCCUUGGAAAGAAAUGGAUGGAGGAUAUCUACACCAUCUACACCCCUAUGCUAUGGAACCAGUCUCACUGGGUUGGGUUAGCUAUCAAUCUUGAUAUGGGUUUAGUUGAAGUACUUGAUCCUCUCCCCACCUUGAACGGAGCAAGACGCAUGGCUAAGUGGAUGAAACCCGUACUUGCUUGCCUCCCUUACCUUGUCAGGAAAGUUGCCAAUUGUGAACUUACCCAAUUCACAGGUUUCAAGCCUUUUAUCUGCAACCGUAUCCCAGACAUCUACAUCAACACUCGAUCCGGCGAUUGCGGACCUGUGACAAUGAAGUUCCUAGAGUUGCACUCACAUGGUGAUACAUCACCUGGAAUGGCUGGCAUCACAGACCAGAUUGUCGAUGACAUGCGCAAGCAGUACGCAAUGGACAUCUACAAGACCAUGGUGCUGCCUGCGUACUAUGAUUAGAAGCUACAACUACUGUCUCCACCCCACCUUUUGUGUGUAAUAUAUUGGGGUUCUGGACUUUUUCUCUUGGGCACAACACCUGCCUUUUCUCUUAUCUUAUUAUCGGUUAUGUAACACUUUCUAAAACUUUGAUCACGCUUAGACUUGUUGAUGUAUUAAGACUUAAUUUUCAGGCCUCCAUUAUGGAAAACGUUUGCAUUUGCUAUUGAUCAAUUCUCUACUAUAUAUAGCGUGCAAAGUGAACAAUUUUUAUACCCCAUUUCACGCAUACAAUCAAUCAAAGUUUUCUCAUGUCCACAUCCACUACCCAAACAAAAUAUCAUCUUCCAUGUCCACGACCACAACCUACAUUGCAACACAGACCUCAGCGUAAUAUUCAAUUCCAUUAAGUAUCCUCAACUACAGAAUCCCUAAAUACUUCUCAGCUACACUACUUCUCAGCUAAAGUAAAUCUGAUUUCUCCUCUUACAUACCCACGACCCUGUGCAAAUCUCCUACAUUCGUCAUGAGCUCAUCCUCUUCCUCCUCACGGUCACAUACAGGGAGACAAACAACUGGGAUACCCACACGUUGUUGGUGUGGAGCUAAUCUGACUACAUUCGGCGCGCAAACAAAGGAGAAUCUUUUCCGCAGGUUCUAUCGCUGCGAGAUUGCGCUGAAGGUACAUUCAAUUAUAAUUCUUCAAUUAAAAGCGUCUAUUGUUGUCUCAUUACAUAUUUUAAAAAACAUAGAUCUAAUUCUCCUUCUC